CUCAGGUCCGGAACACACCUAACUGUCACAAGCGCUUCUUCGCCCUUCGCAUCCAUUCAUAAUUGGUCCAUUCGCUCCUGCAGCGGUGAGGAGAAGCAAAGAGCUGGCGGCUGCUCAAGAUCAUUAAACCCCCGUCUUCGUUUUAAGUGUCUCCCGGGGACUCUCAGCCUGCUCUCCCUCUGCGGCCUCCUCCUUUUGCGCUGACCAACUUUUACGCUCAACAACAAACAAGAACCAUGGCCCAGCAACAGCAGAUAAGCCUUCCAGCCAAACUGAUCAAUGGAGGGAUUGCAGGCAUGGUUGGAGUCACCUGUGUGUUUCCAAUUGACUUGGCCAAGACCCGUCUGCAGAACCAGCGCAACGGGCAGCAAAUCUACAAGAACAUGAUGGAUUGCCUAAUCAAGACAGUUAAAUCUGAAGGCUACUUUGGCAUGUACAGAGGUGCCGCCGUAAAUCUGACCCUGGUAACCCCAGAGAAGGCUAUCAAACUAGCUGCUAAUGACUUCUUCCGCCACCAGCUGAGCAAAGAUGGUGCUAGGUUGACAGUGUUCAAGGAGAUGCUGGCGGGAUGUUGCGCAGGAAUGUGCCAGGUCAUUAUCACCACACCCAUGGAGAUGCUCAAGAUCCAGCUGCAGGAUGCAGGAAGGCUAGCGGCCCAGCAGAGGGUGAUGCCUAGUGUGGUAGCAACUCUGAAGAUGGCCGGGACCAGUGCUGUUCUGAGCCGUUCUUAUAACACCAGCCCUCAGGUCUCGCGAGUGUCCGCCAUACAGAUCACCAGAGAGCUGCUGAGGACCAAAGGAGUCACAGGGCUGUACAGGGGACUUGGGGCCACAUUGAUGAGGGACAUCCCAUUCUCCGUUGUGUACUUCCCUCUUUUUGCACAUAUGCACCAGCUCGGCCAGCAUUCAUCUGAAGACCCGUCUGUGCCCUUCUAUUGGUCCUUCAUGUCUGGCUGCUUGGCUGGAUCCAUUGCCGCUGUGGCAGUCAGCCCCUGUGACGUGGUGAAGACAAGGCUACAAUCACUCAAGAAAGGAGCUAAUGAGGAAACCUACAGUGGUGUGGUGGACUGUGUCAGAAAGAUCCUGAGAAAAGAGGGUCCCGGAGCUUUCCUCAAGGGAGCCAGUUGCCGGGCCCUGGUUAUUGCCCCACUCUUUGGCAUUGCCCAGGUUGUGUACUCUGUAGGAGUUGGAGAGUUCCUGUUGGGAUACAGCCCUUACAAUAUCUACUCUGCAUAAACCAGCUGUUUCUACAUUCUGCCGGCUCAUUAAAUCACGGCAGCUAUGCCCUGGGCAUAGCAAUAGACUCAGCUCUCUGUUACUGUGUACCUUCUUUACUAUUGGAGGUUUGUUGUAACAUGCUAAAGGGACCAAUAAGAUGACAUUUUAUUUUGAAAUGGUUUCAAAUUAUUAUGCCUUUAGCUGUUUCUUAUCUUAGAGACUGGCACUGAAGCAAAAAAGAAAGUUGAUUCCCUCACUGAGAGCUUUGAAAGUCCAACACCGAUCACCAAUUUUGCCCACAACAGACUUGACUCUACUACCGUGGCACCAGGCCUUUCACCUCAUAUCACUUACCCUUCACUGUAACCCUAACCUGCAUCUAAUGUGUAUCUCCACCGUUUAGGUGAUGGCUUUUAAUGGUGUUGGAAAAGAGACAUAAGUGUGCCAAGGAGAACCAGAUAACGAUGGUAAACUAGUGAAACUUGAAUAACUAUAUUGUUCUAAGGGUUUACAUAUAAAACUAGGGCACUGACAUUGAUCACAGUCUAUAUAUUGUAUAUAUAAAUUGUAUGUAUAAAUUGGCAAAUAACUUCUUUUACAACUUGGUGGGGAAACAAUCUGGGAGACUGUUGGUUUAAGGGGUCAUAACUUAAGCACUGAAAGUAAUGUACUAAAGUAAUGAAGUGUUUGGUCUGUUUAUCCACAAGGGUGCUAUACAGGGAAUCUAUGUUGUGUUACUUUGCAUUGCCAGGAGUGGUUUACUAAAUUCUUUCCCCAUUCUCAUUACCUGCACUGCUUUGUACUCUAAACAACAGAUGGUAUCUGGGGUUUUAACUUUCAGAACAGUUGUGGCUGAGAUGUUUGGGAGCUUUACUGUGAAUUUCUUCACCAUGGCAGCCAACGUGCAACUCAUGCAGUUAGCAAGCGUGAAUUCUGCAGCUGAAUUGCUCAAUAAGGCCUUCUGCCCUUUUGUGGUACAGUAAAUGAUGUUUGAUUGUGGCAAAGUAAAGUGAUGACGGGCAUAAAGACUUUAUUGGGCGGAUUCAUUAAGCUUUUGGGACCAAGUCUCCUGAAAUAAAAGUGCAAAAUGACCGACAACUAGCUUCGUUCUCCUGGUGGAGUCUUGCGGUUGUCCGGUUGGUCAAUUUUCUUGUCAAGAGAUACAGGAGCAGACACACAUGAAUGAUCUUAGGCACAUAGAGGCUGGAAAAGAUUGUUUCAGUUGUGGGUUGCCCUCUCUGUCUCUUCUGGAAGAUUUCAUGGGUCAUAGUACUUUCUUAUGUAAAAAAUUUAUCCUGUAUUUCUUAAGUUUUCUCACACUGUUCACGUCCAGCUCCGAUCGAGAGGCCAAGAACAGCUUUGACCAUUGAACCACGUGGUUCUGCCAGUUGAGAAAAUACUUCAUUUUAAGUUCAUUUUAGAAUUACGCAUGUAAAUAGAUUUCUAAAUGCUGAAUAAAUAUUUAUAAAUGCA